CUGUGUUGUUCCCGAGCAAAGGAUUCGCCGAUUCACCCAGAGCCUUCGCCGUCAGUCCCAGCCAUCGCCAAUUCGCCUAGAGCCUUCGCCGCCAGUCCCACUGCCCAGCGCCGACUGCCCAGUUGCCAAUUCAUAGCCUUCGCCGUCAGUCCCACGCCAUGGAAGGUAAAGGAUUAGAGCUGCUGCAUUUUAAACUUGUGAAAGGGUGUUGAUGGGGUUUAGUUCUACUUCACUAUUAAUAGCUAAACGAUUGUAGAAUUGUCUUUGGCUGUUAGGCUUUAGAAUCAAUGGCUAUGGAGUUCAAUUGGUCUAAAGCAGUAGCAGACACGGAAGUUAGUUUCUUUAUGCUGAUUACUUUGAGCUGUAAGGGUUUAUUCUUAGAUGAGUGUAAUAGGAGAUGGUUGUUCUUGCACUAUCAGGGGAUGUUUAACAGUUUUUAAUUUUUGCGUAUGGCUGUUAUUGCACUACCAGUAGUUAGGGGUUGUUUUAGAGUUUGGUAGUUGUUAGGCGGAAUAAAGAAGACUACUUGUUGUCAAAUGUCUUGGCUUUUUUAGUUGAAUCCAUGGCUUUUGGAUGUUCGUAGUUUAAGUGUUUGGAUCUCAUUUUCUGGAGGGGCUUUGUCGUUUGUAAGUCUCAAACAAUUGACACUGCCACUCCUUUCAAUGGAAUGGCUAAAUCUCAUUUAAGCUCAGGAUCAAAAGGUGGGGAAACUAGUAGUAGUUCCAAAGUUGCAUCUGGUUCAACUGUCCUUAGGCUCUCUUGUUCUUCUGAAGAUAAAACAGUUGCUGGAUCUAUCUCUAACACAGCAGAUGUUGUCCACCCUUCGUUUAUAACAAAUCCUGCCUACCCUCCAGUUGUUAUCCAGAAAGAUGUUCACUCAACUUUGAAACCAAUGGCAAUUAGUGCAGAGCCUAAUCAACCAAACCUGUCCCAAGCAUUUAGGGUACUAAAUGAUCAAGCAGAACCUUUUAAACCAACCACAACUUUGUCUCAAACCCAAUCAAACAAAUGGGGUGUUCCAUCUAAAUCCCUUAGAGAGUUGAAGGCAUCAACAUUGAAAAUGAAUGAGGUACCAAAUAAGAAUACAGUUGUUGGUUCUCAACCACUUAGUCUCAUGGAUAUGGACAUGGUGAUAAAGCGUUCUAUGCCAAUCAGCCUUAUGGAUAUGCCAUUGUGGGGGAGCACUCGAGAGGAGGACACAUACAUUGGAAAGGAACAAAUUAUCCAAGAAGAAGGUGGGGAAGAUGGGGAAGUUGAUGUUGUUCAGCCACUAGAGAAAGUUCAGAAACUGCCAUUUGGGGAGCACAAUACGGAAGCCAAUUUUGACCAAGAUGAAGCAACGAUUGAGGUCGACCAACACCACCACGAUGAUGUUCAUAUUGUGGAUGACUUCAAUCUUAAGGGAGGUGGCAAAGGAAAGAAGAAGAAAAAGAAAAAGAAUAACACUUUGAACACUGGGCAGCAUUUUAACGGCAAACAACACAACAACAAGAAAUGAAUAAGUUGUUCCUCCCUUGAUUUGAUUACGUCUUCAUAUUCUUGAUUAGAUUGUGGUUCAUGAUGUUUCGAUGCAUUUUCUUCAGAGGUUUAGACUUUUGACUUUGAUGUUUUUAGUUUAUGCUAUUUGGGAUUCGUUGGGCUCUUGUCAGGGAUUAGCCCGCCCCCUCUUUUAUGUACUUUUAUUAGCGUUUAUUUAUAAAUAAGAUAGGGUUUACCUG